UGAAACACAGAAGAGCAGAUACAUUGAAUAAAGCAAAUGUGAGAGCCUCUGAAACACCUGAGCAAUUGCUGUAACCGCCAAGCUAAAACUCUCUGAUGCAACUGGCCUGUGUUGCAGGGAGACUCUACUGGCUCCGUCGACAACGCAUGGCCCAGCAUACAGCAACGCUACAACGGGCGUGUUUUGCGCCAAGGGUUUGCACUUUAGUGCUUUUCAUUUUACACUUAGUAGAAGGAAUGUGAACUAAUGGUGAUGAAAGGGUAGUUAAAUUAUUUUGCUAUGCAUAGUAAUUAUACAAUAAUGUGACGUUAAUACAUCCCUACUAAUCCUUGAGAAAGAAACAAGAAAAGGGUGUGUAUGACAUCUUUUGAUUACUCUUGUUUUCAGGCCUUGUACUGGUACAGAGCAAAAAACUCAAGUGGGCAAGAGGGCCUUGUUCCAAGAACAUAUUUGGAAGUAGUUUCUGAUGAAGGGAAGGAGCCAUGUAAUGAUGAAAGCGACAGUGACUAUCUUACAAUGAAAGGUGCCACUGAGGAACAACAUAAUAUUGGACAACCCAACGAUCCUGCCCUAUUGGAGAUGAUGCGAAUUCACGAGAAAGAAAAGAAAAAGAGAUUACCAGCUGGAACACUUGUUAUUGGGACAUGCCAAUUUUCUGGAGAGAGCCCUGAGGAUAUGCCAUUCAAGGUUUAUGAGGAAAUGUCACUGUUAUAUCCAAAGCAAGAUCUCUGUUGGUACUAUGCACAAAAGACUGACUACCCAGAGGUGAAGGGUACAAUUCCAAUUACUCACGUCAGACUUGUGUAUAUGUCAGAUGAUGAUGAUGAAGGUGACACCAUCUACAAUGCACCUGCUAAUCCUGCACAUGACCGGUUAUAUGACGAUAUGAAUGACUUCUUUAGACAAUCAGGGUGGUUUUCUCACCCUGGAUUACCCCAUGGAAAAGUUGCUCUACAGCAUGUCAUAGCAAAGAAGGCUGGUCUUUCAUUUGAAAAGUUUAUGGCUAUGGAGCAGGCUGUUUAUCUCUUUGAUUACAGGCAUGGGGAAAAGGUAUGUAUGAACCCACCAGUAAGUACAUCUUUACACUGUGUGGUAGUGAGUUUACUUGUGGCAUUUUUUUGAAACCCAUCAAAAGUGAUACAUACCUGUGUGUUAUUCACUUGUUCUUGGGGUACUGCAAUACCUUUUUACUGGUCUUUGUAGUACUGCUAGGCUGGAAUAGCUCAACUAGGGCUUAGCAUUAAGGGCACACAGGCACCAAAUUUACUCCAGUGACUACCAUAAUUUUGUUUAAUGAUUCUUGUGGCACCAUGAAGCCUGUGUAUGCAGAGAGAUACAUAUCACACGUAUACAUAGAUAACGUGGACCAGCUGCAAUGUGAAGUUUGCUGGUCCCUUAUUCUUAUCCUGUUUAUCCUUGCAUUCCAUAUCACUAAGUACAGUGUAUAGGGAUGACACAGGUUGCCCUGCAUUAUACCCAUACAUUUGAGAUUUGUACGUUUUACUUUCAGCAGAUCCCACUUCUGACGUAUAUAUCAGUCUGAUUCGUAUGGUCAAACAAAGCUUGUAACCGAGACAUGCCUUCAAUCGUAUAUAUAUAUAAUUGAUUUGUUCAGUUUGUAAAAUUCUUCGUCUUUGUUCCUGUUGUUCACUUUAGACAAGCGUAUCUCAAAAACCAGGUAAGAUUAAACUUUGCACAGAGAUCAGAAUCCAUGACCUGGUGUGCAAGAGCGUUUUAUUACAAUUUGUUUACAUUUAAACAACAAAUAACAACAAAAACAUUAUGAUAGAGACCAAUAAUGUGUGCUAACUUGGUAAGGCUAAUAUACCCAGAGUGUACACAUAUGCAACCCAAUAUAGGGAUGCCAUAAAAAGGAAGGAGACAGGGAUGAUCUAGUGCAUGUGAUGCAGUAGUACAAUAGAUGAUACAUCUUCAAACUGACAUUUCUUGCGCAUUUAAACUUUCCUUCCCACAAGCCCUAUAUUGUCGCCACUCUUACUCAUGAAAUGAGUUUUGUUUAGUGAAUGAUGUAGUGUGAAGACUGGCAAAGGGAUUCUGUAUGGAAAGCCGCAUUGUAAAACUGGUUAGUUGAGCGAACAUUGAAGUCUUGGACUUUAAAAUAGGGUGAUGAUCCAAAACUAGGACCUAUUAGCUACCAGUCUUAUGUGCAUAGGAAACGAGUUAUAGCUGCAAAAUCAUACGAUAGAGAUCACUCGUGAUUUGCGGCAAUAUAAGGCUUGUGUAGAGGAAAAUUUACACACAAUGUCAGUUUGAAGAUGUAUCAUCCAUGUACUACUGCAUCGCAUGCAUUAGGUCAUCCCUGCCUUGUCUCCUUGCUUUUAUGGCAUCCCUACAUUUUACACAUUUUAAUUUGGAGAAUUUUUUAUUUACUUGUAAACCCUUUUGUAAACCCUGGUCCUAAGUUUUCUUACCUGUAGGUUUGUUAACGUUAGUUUGAUGGUGUUUUCACUAGCCAAUGGUCAAUCAAAAAGAUCUCUGUGAUUGACCAUUGGCUGGUGAAAAUACUAACGUUGACUACGUAUGUCUCUUAACCCGGCCACACAGGCAUCUGCAGGAAUGUAGGUUUGUUAAAACUGAAUGUUUCAGAAUGUCUCCAUUCUGCCACAUGUAUAUGUGGCCUAGGAGCUUUCUUUUGACCGUGUUUAUUUGUCUAGGUAUAUGUUGGUUCUGCCAGUAACCUGAAUGAUGAAAUAUGCAAGCACUUUGAGAAUUUUGGGAAGAAAAGAGCAGAUAUUACUAACAUUGACGAUGAGCUCUGUCAUCACACUGAGAGUUCUGAAUGGGAAAUACAAGUGUGGUGUCCU